GACGCACUGCGCUAGCAGGUAAACAAACCCUGCGUUGACUGCCUCAACGUGUACUCGGGCAAAACAAACGAGAACUGUCAAAGGGAUAACAAGUGUUUCUGUAUAUUCUGAAUUAGAAGAUGGAAAGUAGCAGUGUUUUUAAUAUCGAACAAUUAAUUCAAGCUGCAGAGUAUCUGGAUAGGAGAGAAAGAGAGGCUGAGCAUGGUUAUGCUUCCACUGCACCUAUGCCGGAAUAUUUAGCCAGUAAAAAGAAAACAAAACCAAAGAAAUCUCAGGGAAAUAGAUCCACUCACAACGAAUUAGAAAAAAAUAGGAGAGCACAUUUGAGGUAUUGUUUGGAAAAAUUAAAAGACAUUGUCCCAGUUGGGAGUGAAUCUUCAAGACACACAACUUUGGGAUUAUUAACAAAAGCCAAAGGUUUUAUCAGGAUGUUAGAAGACAAAGAGAAGAAGAACCAUUCAGCUAAAGUGCAAUUGAAAAGGGAACAACAACAAUUACAAAAGAGAUUGGAGUCACUCAUGCAGGGUCAGUACAGGCGACAGGAACGCAGCAUCAGUGAAUGUAGUGCCACAACCAACUCCACUACCUCCUCCAAUUCUGAAACCGAUGAAGUUGACAUUUUAGGGUAUGGAAGUUCUCCAAGUGAUACCGAUGAAAGCUGUGGCAGCGAUGGGUACUCGGUAGAUUCCAAGCGAUUAGUAUUAAACUCAUCUCCCUAUUCAGAGUCCCUAUGAAAAUAUGUGAAGUCUGCAUGUAUGACAGAGAUCAAGGACAGAUUUUUUUCUUCAGUUUAUUCUCAGAAAUGUGUAUGUCUGUGUAAAUAUUUGUGUAUGAAUGUAUUACUUGUAGAAGGAGAAAAAUCAACAUUUUUUUAAGAUCUGUUAUGUGUAUAAAGGAGUUGAGCAUGUUAGCUACUGAAAAAGGGUGAUGCAGGUUUUUUUUUUUUUUUGGUCUGGAGUCGAGUAUUAAAAACACUAUUAAAAACAGUCAUAUCUUAUGUGUACAGUUGUGUAACUUUUUUUUCUUAUAUUGAAGCCAAAUAUCUGAUAUAUUUUUUUUUUCAUGUUGUGCUAAGAGCAGUGGACAAUAUUUUCUGGCUUUUCUUGAACUUAGGAUUAACUUUUUUGUACAUAUGAUUAUUCUGAAUUCCAUUCCUUUUACGAUAGGUUUUCAUAGUUGUUACAUACCGUACUUCCCGGAGUGAAAUCUAGUGGCAGUAUGGACUAUUUAUAGAACACGGUGAGAACGAGACAGUACUGUUAAAAGAUUGAAUUUGGAACUGGAUCAGUUAUUAAUACUCAGUUAUUUGCAGGUUGAAGAGUGAUUUUGUUUUGGUAUAAUGUAGGCUUUAGCAGUUAUCUUGCCACUUUUUGGGGGAGGAAAAUAAUUUGUUUGAGGCAAAUAUUUUUACACAUUCUAUGAUCAUCAGGAGAGUUAUCUACGCAAAUUUUUAAAAGUAUGUAUUAAGAAUAUUUCACUGCCUGAAAUGAAUAUUUUUAGGGGAUAAGUAUUCUAUACUGAACUGACUUUGUUAAAAUCUGCAGGGUUAUCUUUUGCUGUUGUGCAAAUAUUGAUCUCAAGAGAAAAAGCUGUCUUAUGUAGAAUUGCUGAAUGAUAUGAAGAUUUUUUUUUUUGGAUGUGCUGGAUUUAAAUGAAAUAAUAUCUCAGGCCAACAGUUGAAGUCAUUGUCCACCCCAGUCUUCUGAUGUUAGUUUCCGGUGUGACCUGUUAUUCAGCAUUUUUCUCUAAUAUCUUUUUUUUGUUGAUUUUUGUAUGUUUGGUUAUCUGUGCAAUUUAGUGUGGGUUUUAUUCCAGAAGAUAAAGUUGAAAUGUGUACGUUAAUUAGGAGAGUUCACUGGAUUUUCUGUAAAUACAAUUUUUGCAAAUUCUGUUAUAAAAAAUUCCAAAAUUGGGAAGACGUGGAAAUGAAUUUUCCCCCAAGGCAGCAUAUGAAAGGUUUGCAAAAACUAAAAGACAGAGGUCUGGGAGUAUUUUACCAAUAAGAGUAUAAUAUAUUUAUGUAAAUGUAUUGCCUAUCCUAUUUGUAUAUAAGUAAUUUAUUUUUAUCAUGUAAAUUUAACUUAUUAAAACACUUUUUAAUUGUUGCAGAAGAAAUCAUUUCUUCCGCACCUUUUAAAACUUUUUUGUGUGAAAAUGUUGGUUCAUGAACGGGAUUUGUUGUAUCCAAACUUCCUGUGAGAGAAAGUUGGGAGUUUUCAAUAUUGUGAAUUAGAGGUAACGACAACAUAAUUUUCUUGAACCAACAUUUUUAUGUAUCCUUGAAAAAAGUUUUACAAAGAUGAUAUAAAAUAAAGCUGUUUUCUGUGAUAAUGGUGGUGCAAGAUAUUAAUAGAAAAUCCUUUUCUCUGUUCAGUUCUCAUAAUAAUUAAGAAUUUGUUGCUAUGCUAACAAGAUUAUCCACAUCUAUCUGAUUGACAAUGAACAGAGCAAGGAAUUGUUUUUGGGUUGCUACUUAAGCAAAAGUAUUUUCUUUUUAAUUGUAUAAAUCAAACUUGUUACUCAGUUAUUUUAUCAAUAUGUUAUCUUUUGUCUGUGCUAGUUGAGAAUGGGCAUCACUUUUAGUGCCACAUGUCCUAGAUUUCCUCAACAUUGAUCUGUAGUUUAUAAUGCAAUAAAGUGCUAUUAGGGAAGCCUCAGACUACAUUGACAAACUCUUGAAAAAUGAACUACUCUUAAAACUGAAUCAAUUCUAGAUAUAUAAACAUUUCAAUAUUCUGACAAUCAUGGAUAGUAAGCAGUUUUAGAAAUUAAUGCAUGCACUCGUGUGUGUGUGUAUAUAUAUAUAUAUAUAUAUAUAUAUCUGUAAACCAAAUCCAGUGAUGAUGCUAAAGAAGAAAGGGGUUGUCGGUGUACAAUGUUGGUUUAUUCUGCCAUGUAUAUGUAGAGAAUUCCUUGCCAUUCCCGGUAAAGACUAUUGUGUAAUCUCAAGAAAAAGUUUUUUAUGAUGGAGCAAAAUUUGGUGCAAAGUGAACAAGUAUACAGAUGUUGUGUGUAUUUGAAAAAUGGAGUUGUGAGAGUAUUGUCAUAUUAAUAUGCUGGCAAAUGUCGACAACUCAUUUAACCACCUACGUCAUAUGAUGGCGAAAUCAGUAAGCAAACUAGGAUUUUUUAAAAAUCCCAGUGUAUUUGGCUGUGGAUGUUUGCAUCUAUUGUCUUUCUCAUUUAUUGAGGUACCAUGCAUGCAGACUUGGUGUACAGUGGCCAUUUUGAUCUGCUAUGUUGGACAAAGAUUUUUGUUUAAAAUCUGUUCUUUUUUUUUUUUUUUAAAUUUGGUUUUAGACUGUGUAUCGAUAAGGUGGAUCAAAUGGAAGAAAGGGGUCAUUUUAUGCGACUUCAGAAUCAUAAAAAAAGCUGGAAAAAAAAUUGUUAUAUAGUUGAUGGACACUAGGUAUAUAAUAUUGUAUGUAUGUGAUAAAAGAUCAAUGUGUAAGUUAGUUCAACCCAUAGAAAUCAUUGUGUAUACUUGUCGAAGUUGUCCAUUAUUGUUUUACCCCCUAAGCUGGGGAAUAAAAUUUUAUGAAAUUGA